AUGGCACACAAUCUAUCAGAUAUUUUGAAGAGUGCUUCUGUAGACUUGACCCCGUAUGAGGAUCUCUACAAGCAUUUCCAUGCCCAUCCCGAACUUUCGCUCCAAGAAGAAUCUACAUCUCAAAAGGUCGCAGCCCAUCUGUCACAGCUGAACGCUUAUGAGAUUCACACCAAUAUCGGCGGCCAUGGGCUCGCAGGUGUCCUUAGGAAUGGCGCUGGCAAGACCGUCCUUCUGCGAGCUGACAUGGACGCACUCCCGGUCAAGGAACUCACUGGACUCCCAUACGCGAGCACGGUCACUAUGCGCGACGCCGACGGCGUUGAAAAACCAGUGAUGCAUGCAUGUGGACAUGACAUGCACAUGACAUGCCUUCUCGCCGCGGCUGAAACUCUUGCCAACAUGCGGCAUGCGUGGAGCGGAACGCUGAUCGUGCUGUUUCAGCCCAAUGAGGAACGGGGCGGUGGCGCGCAGGCGAUGGUGGACGAUGGACUUUACUCCAAGAUCCCAGUCCCCGAUUAUGUCUUUGGCCAGCACGUCAUGCGCAUGCGUGCAGGAAGCGUUGGCUCCCGGCCUGGGACGAUCAUGGCUGCUGCUGACAGUCUUAAAGUUACCGUCUAUGGGCGCGGUGGCCAUGGAUCCCUGCCCCAUCAGACAGUCGAUCCUGCGCUUCUCGCUGCGCAUAUUGUUGUCAGACUGCAGGGCAUCGUGAGCAGAGAGAUUGACCCCAGCGACCUCGCAGUCGUGACUGUUGGAAGUCUACAAGCGGGGCAGACCGAAAAUAUCAUUGCGGACCGGGCGGAGAUUGGGCUUGACUUCCGGACGGUCAAGCUGGAGACCAGGCAGAAGAUUCUUUCUGCUGUUCAGCGUAUUGUUGAGGCCGAGUGCAUGGCUAGUGGCUCGCCGAAGCCGCCUGUGUUUACUCCAACAAGACGGUUUCCGCCCACUGUAAAUGACGAACAUGUGGCGUCGCAAUUAGCUGCAUCUUUUGGACAGCAUUUUGAGGACUUUGACGCCGAUACACCGAGAACCAAUGUUAGCGAAGAUUUUUCUACGCUGGGGACUUGCAGAGAUAUUCCAUGCUGCUUUUGGUUCAUUGGGGGCAUUGAUGCGGAACUUUGGGACAAGGCAAUGAGAGAAGACAAUCACACAGACGAGAUCCCUGGGAACCACUCGGCCCUUUUUGCGCCAGUUAUACAGCCGACGAUGAGAGCUGGAGUGGAUGCUCUUUGUCUUGCAGCUUUGACAUUUCUGAGGAAAUAA